CAACCCCCAGCAUGCCUUGGGUCUGUGGUGCAGGCUUUCCAGGAAUCGGAAGCAGGGUUUCCAGCGGAAGUGCUGAGUUGACCUAUAGUUGCCUCCCUCAGUCCUGCCAUCUCCAUGGGCAGCACGGACUACAUCACCCAGUGUCCUUCGCGCGGAUCCGGACUCUUCAUGGAGACUAAGUGCUGGCUUUCCAGGUGAUAGUAGCAUGGCCAAGCUACUGGCCUCCCCAAUGGGCUCCCUAGAAGAAUCUUUACCCGGUUUGCAGAAGCUUCCCUGCUGUCUUUCCAACAUAGCCCAGGAUUUCCUGGAGGAAGAAUUGAGACUGAAUGCUGAACUGGACAAGCUACAGUUCUCAGAGCCUGUGGGCUUCAUUUAUAAUCCCUUGAAAUAUGCCUUGGAGCUUCAUCAGAACUAUGUCACCAAAUACUGCCAAGGUCCCAAGGAAGUGCUGUUUUUGGGCAUGAAUCCAGGGCCCUUUGGCAUGGCCCAGACUGGGGUGCCCUUUGGGGAAGUGUCUGUGGUUCGGGAUUGGUUGGGCAUUGUGGGGACAGUAUUAACCCCACCCCAGGAACACCCCAAGCGGCGAAUCUUGGGGCUGCAGUGCCCCCAGUCAGAGGUGAGCGGUGCUCGCUUUUGGGGCUUUUUCCGUGCCCUCUGUGGGCAACCUGAGACCUUCUUCAAACACUGCUUUGUCCACAAUCUAUGCCCUCUUCUUUUCUUGGCCCCUUCUGGGCGCAAUCUCACCCCUGCGGAUCUGCCUGCCAAGCAGAGGGAGCAGCUCCUGGGAGCCUGUGACGCUGCUCUUCGACGCCAGGUGCAACUUCUGGGUGUUCGCCUGGUGGUAGGAGUGGGGCGGCUGGCAGAACAACGGGCUCGCCGAGCACUGGCAGACAUUGCGCCUGAGGUUCAGGUAGAAGGGCUCCUGCACCCUUCUCCUCGAAGCCCACAGGCCAACCGGGGAUGGGAGGCUGUGGCCAGAGAACGACUGAAGGAGUUGGGCCUCAUGCCUCUGCUGACAGUUGAAUGAUGUGCCCAAAGCGUGCCCAUUCAUGGGUUGAAGACAAUAGGGAAAACCAUUGUUCUCAGGCAUAGAAAUUCCAUGCUGUGUUGAACAUAUGUGUAAUAAGGUGCUAUUUGUACAUAUAACAUCCUGACCAAAUCCCGUCUAGGGAGCUGGAAAACGGUCACUUUUAUUCUCUGAACUCUUUACACUAUUUCAAGCCAUAACACUAUUUGUCUCACUCUCCCUUCUGCUUCAGUGCUUCUUCUCUCCUUUGAGUCAUUCCUCUUUGGAAUACACUACAGUGAGUUGCCAAGUUCAUACUUUCCCAGAUAACAUACUUUCUCUUCCUCCUCCUUGGUGGUCUAGCUAAGUGGUUGAUGAUAUUAGCACAUACAGAGGAUUAACUUUCUGUUCUCAGGGAGAGACCCCAACCAGAAACCAUGUCUAUCUCUCGAAAACUUUGGUCUUGCCCUUUUAGGAUAGGAGUAUGAGAAAUGAGCAUUAUUGCAAAGGAGAGAUCAAGGUUAGACUUGGAGAAAGCUUUCUGACUUUGGAGAGUUGGAGGCACUGCAAUGCACUACCAAGAGGAGAUAUUUCUGUUCUUGAAGAUCUUUUAUAACAAGAUACUUUCAUAUUCAUACUUUUUGGUAAAGAACUGUUCUGCUCAGGUGGAUCUGAUGACCUCUAGGAAAACUUAUUUUUUAGCCUGAAAACUUUGUUCUGGAUGCAAUUAAAUUUCUAAUCCCUC